AGAUCCCUUGGCAUGGAUAUAAAAUUCCACAUGAGGCAGGUAGUCGUCGGCUAAAAUACUCUGCUUUGAUCCUGCUGUACGUAAGGGAGUGUCUUUUGGUAAGCGCAUGAAAAUACACAAACCAAAGCAAAAGAUGAGUGUCGUAUUGGCGAACUAACCAGUAUAAAGCAAAGGGGCUCGCCUCCAUGUCACCAGCUAAGCCCUCUCCGUUCGAGAAAGUGCAUGCAACACAUAUUCGCUUCUACCUAUAAAGUUACCAACCCAUCAAGUGAAGUUAAACUACGCUAAAAUUUGGAAACAAAAACAAAUUCUUGCCUUAACCCAUCUUCUCUUCUCUUCUCUUCUUCUUCUUCUGAGUUGUCUCUUCAUAUAUAUAUAUAUUUAUAUAUAUAUAUCUAUCUAUCUCUGCUCUAGGAGCAGUAUAAGAAGCUUCUUCUAUAAAUUCUAGGAAGAAACAAAGCUACUUAGCAAAAUCCAAAUUAUAUAUGGGGAGGAGUAGUUUUUUCUUUAGGGCGUUGUUUGGAGCUGUUGCAGUGACUGGUUUUAUCUUGCUUUUGUUGAUUGGAAGCCUGGAAAGUGGAGGAAACAAAGCCACAACAACAUUAUCUACUCAAUCAGCAGGAAAUCGAAAUCAUGUGGAUUCUUUAGCAAGAGAGAAAUCGAUUAACCGUCAGGAGUUGGAUCUCAAUUACAUGAGCAAAAGAAGAGUACCCAAUGGACCAGAUCCUAUUCAUAACAGGAGAGCUGGGAACUCUAGAAGACCUCCUGGGCAAUCGUAGGUAGCAAAGAUAGGAAAAGCCACCAAAAAAGGUACGCAGAAGAUGAAACAAGGGGAUUAUGAGAAAUGGUGGAAUAUAUUUUGAGGAUCCCAGAAGGCCUGCAACUAUAUUUCUAAUUUAAACAAGUAAGAUUUCUUUUGGGCAAGGUUUUAUCAGGGGUGAAGACAUGGAAGUUACUGUGACUUUACACAGAAAUUAAUACGUACGCUUGCAAAGAAUCCAGAAGAUGAACAGCCUUGUAGAAACUCUACUUUAUUAGUGUUUUGACUGUUCUUUUUUUUUUUUGGCGGGGGGUGGGUGGGGGGGUGUGUGGUUUAUCAAUUGAAGAUUUGUGUGAUGAGUUGUGUAGAGAAAGAAAAAGUGAGACGGAUGAUAAAUAGACAUAAAUAUUUGCCUGUAAAUUGAAGUCAAUAAGCUUGAGCAGCCAUGCAUGCAUGUACCAUCUCUAUCAAUCUUUCAAUCAACAAAUACUAUUCGACUUUGGGUUUGGCUUA